AUGGUCAAGGACAACGAAACAGUCAUCGAAGAGUUCAAUGAGCUCGUCAACAUGUCCGCCUUGGACCUCGAGUCCUGGCUCAAAGAAGAGUCUUCCGAGAGCGCGGGCUGGAACAAAGGUGACGGCUCUGGUGAAACCAUCGGUCACGAGAGCGGAGGCAAAAUCGUUGAAAUUCUAACGAAGAACCCGAAGAGGGAUCCGGGGAAGUACGAGCAGGAUGACGUUGAUCACAUGCGCAAGGUCGUUGCGUAUUGUAAGAGACAUCUGGCUCAGGAGGGCAAGGCGAAGCAGGAUCCUGAUAGUAAGAGUGCGCGGAGUUUGAAGAACUGGGGCCAUGAUCCGCAGAAGGCUUAA